AUGGAAGCGACGACGAUGCUUCUUCUGUUCGCCCUCCUCCUCGCCGGGCAACGACGCUGCACCUGCACGGCCUCUGUUGCUGCCGGUGAAGGCGGGUUCAGCGUGGACUUCAUCCACCGCGACUCCGCCAGGUCGCCGUUCCGCCACCCCGCGCUGUCCCCGCACGCCCGGGCGCUCGCGGCCGCGCGCCGCUCGCUCCAGGGCGAGGUGCUCGGGCGCUCUUACAGCGGCGCAUCGCCCGCGGCCGUGCCCGUGUCCGCGGCCGACGGCGGCGUCGAGUCCAAGAUCAUCACCAGGUCGUUCGAGUACCUGAUGUACGUGAACGUCGGUACGCCGCCGACGCAGUUGCUCGCCAUCGCCGACACCGGCAGCGACCUCGUGUGGGUGAACUGCAGCAGCAACGGCAGCGGCAGCGGCGGUGGCGGCGACGGCCCGGCGGACGCGGACGCCGGCGGCAACGUAGUGUUCCAACCUUCCCGCUCGUCUACGUACAGCCAGGUGAGCUGCCAGUCCAACGCGUGCCAGGCGCUCAGCCAGGCGUCCUGCGACGCGGACUCCGAGUGCCAGUACCAGUACCCGUACGGCGACGGCUCCCGCACGAUCGGAGUCCUGUCCACCGAGACCUUCAGCUUCGUCGACGGCGGCGGCAAGGGCCAGGUCCGCGUGCCCCGUGUCAACUUCGGCUGCUCCACGGACAGCGCCGGCACGUUCCGCUCCGACGGGCUGGUCGGGCUCGGCGCCGGGCCCGUCUCCCUCGUGUCGCAGCUAGGGGCCGCGACGCACAUCGCCCGCAGGUUCUCCUACUGCCUCAUCCCGUCCUACGACGCCAACUCGUCGUCCACCCUCAACUUCGGCUCCAGGGCCGUCGUGUCGGAGCCCGGCGCGGCGUCGACGCCGCUGGUGCCGUCGGAUGUGGACUCGUACUACACCGUCGCCCUGGAGUCGGUCGCGGUAGGCGGGCAGGAAGUCGCGACCCACGACUCCCGCAUCAUCGUCGACUCCGGCACGACGCUGACGUUCCUCGACCCUGGGCUGCUGGAGCCGCUGGUGACAGAGCUGGAGCGGCGGAUCAAGCUGCAGCGGGUUCAGCCGCCGGAGCAGCUGCUGCAGCUGUGCUACGACGUCCAGGGGAAGUCCCAGACGGAGGACUUUGGCAUCCCGGACGUGACACUGCGGUUCGGCGGUGGCGCUGCCGUGACGCUGCGGCCGCAGAACACGUUCUCGUUGCUGCAGGAGGGGACGCUGUGCCUGGUGCUGGUGCCCGUGUCGGAGUCACAGCCGGUGUCCAUCCUCGGCAACAUUGCGCAGCAGAACUUCCACGUCGGGUACGACCUCGACGCGCGAACGGUCACCUUCGCCGCCGCCGACUGCACCCGCUCGUCGGGCUCCAGCUGA